UACAAGGUAACCUGACGAAAGCUCAAAGUGCUUUGGUAUUAAACCAGAUAGUGUUUUUUUAAAUCAAGACUGAAGUGCAACUAAAAACAAAAGGAAACAGCAGGGAAAUCUCGCUGAGAUACUAACAUGGGGUGCUGGGCCAAGUUGAAGUCAUCUGGAUGGGUUUACCCCACAGCCAUCCUGUCACUCUAUGGAUUUUUUGCAAACUGUAGGGUUGCAGAACCUUUCCUGACACCAUACCUUAUUGGACCACGCAAGAACAUUUCUGAAGAAGUGGUCAACUAUGCUGUAGUGACUUCCACGGAGGUUGCCUACUUUUCCUAUAUUUACAGUGUAAUUCCAGUAGAGAAUUACCAAAGAGCUACUGGUUACCUGCGCAGUGCAAUGUUGGCUGGAUAUACAUUUGGCGCCACCCUUGGCCAAAUGCUUGUCUCCCUUGCUGGCCUGGACUACUUCUAUAUCAAUACUAUUACCCUGGGAAUUGUGAGUGUGGCAUUUCUCGUCUCAUUCUGGUUGCCCAUGCCCCAGACAAGCAUGUUCUUCAAAGGGAAGAAGGCUGCAGCAGUAGACUGCCAGCAAGAGGGGCCACAGGGAGAGAAGGAGUCAGUGACGGAUAAGGAUGGAGAAGGCUCGGGGAAAGGGAAGAUGGAAUAUAAUGGCAGUGCUGGCUACUGCAGCAGAGAAAACGUGGCCGCUGCAGUUCAUCUGCUUUGGCAAAGCUUCAGGGAGUCCUACUCUUCCAGACAUUUAAUCUACUGGUCCCUGUGGUGGGCUCUGGCCACAGCUGGUUACGUGCAGGUCUUCAACUACAUCCAGCUUAUGUGGGACCAUAUAGAGCCAUCUGCCACAUCAUCCAUCUACAACGGAGGAGUGGAGGCUGCGUGCUCUCUUGAGAAGACGACCGACUACUGUACCACCCGCUAA